AAGUUCUAAUAAUAGGAUUUUAUUUAGAAAUCGGACAACUAGUAAAGCACUACCAAGGCCGUGCCACAUUAUUCGGUAAUUUAGUUUAAACACCCAGUCGUUACUCUGCCUCUUUCACAAAAACAUCAAAAAUGGUGCUGUCGCUAGAUCGGUGGGUCGGAAAAGUAGCCGUAGUGACAGGUGCAAGUUCUGGAAUAGGCGCAGCUAUUGUUGAGUUCCUCGUCGACAACGGAAUAAUAGUCGCUGGGUUAGCUCGUCGGUCCGAACUCGUCGAGGAAAAGGCUAAACAGCUUUCUGGUAAACCAGGAAAACUGCAUGCGAUUAAAGCUGACAUCACCAAAGAAGAAGACAUCUUGAAUGCGUUUAAAUGGAUUGAGGAAAAUUUGGGCCAUGUGCAUAUCCUUAUCAACAAUGCUGGUGUGGCUAAAGAAAAUUUUUUGAGGAAUGGAGAGACAGCGGAUUGGAAGCAAACUUUCGAUGUGAAUGUUAUGGGAUUGUGCAUUGCGACUCGGGAAGCUAUUAAGAUAAUGUCUGCUAAUAACAUCAAUGGGCACAUUAUUCAUAUCAAUAGUGUGGUUGGUCAUAAAGUGGUGCCUUUUCCAGGGAUUAACGUUUAUAUUGCGAGUAAAUAUGCAGUGACCGCUUUGACUGAGACUCUGCGGCAAGAGUUGAAUGCCAUUGAUUCUAAAAUUAAAACCACUAGUAUCAGCCCUGGAUUAGUUACUAGCGAGAUGACAAUUCUUAAUACCGAGUUUAGUGAGGAUCGUAAGAAUGUAUUAAAAUCUAUGCCAAUACUAAAGGCUGAAGAUAUUGCGGAAGCUGUGGGAUACGUCUUAUCGACUGCUGAAAAUGUUCAGAUUAAUGAGUUGACUAUCACCCCUGUUGGAGAAAAAAUUUAAUUUCACCAGCUCCCUAUAUUAUAUAUACAUACAUCGUCACAUUUAUAAAACAUUACUUUUAUUUCUAAUAAAAAUUUGCUAUAAUGCUUAACGCAA